GGGGGCGCGUCCGUUCGCUGAGGGAGGGGGGCGUGACGUCACCGCGUAGGCGCGUCCGCCCGUGCGUGACGCUCCCGCCAGUGCCCAACAUGGCGGCGGGCGGCGGCGGCGGCGGCACCGCCGGCGGCUGCGGGGGGACGCCGCUCUCGCCGGGCCCGUUCCUGCCGCCGCUGCUGCUGCUGCUGGCGCUGCCCGGCGGCGCCGUGCCCGCGGCCGACACCGUCGUGCUGGGGCUGCGCCUGGAGGAGAGCACCAAACCGGCGGCGGCGGCGGCGGUGGCGGCGGCGGCGGCGGCGGGGGGGGGGCCGGCGGAGCGCGGGCCUAUCCGCCUCACGGAAGGCAGCGAGGCCCUGCUGCGCCUCUACGGGCUGGGGCUGGGCCCCGGCGCCGCCCAGCGCGUGGCCUUCGCCGAGCUGCGGCCGGGCGGCAACGCCUCGAGCGGCAACGCCACGUGCCAGGAGCGCUCGCAGGACCUGGUGGUGCGGCCCGGCCCCGCCGAGCCCCGCGACACCUCGGCCCUGCUCCGGGUGCGGGUGCAGCCGCUGCGCAAGGACGAGAGGGCCAAGACGUACGUGCUGUGCUCGCAGCGCCGGCCCGGCCAGCCCUGGCUGCCGCACCAAGGGCCCGACGGGCACGUGGUGGUGCUGGAGGAGAAGAAGUCGCUGCUGCCGCUGUGGCUGCAGGUGAUUCUGAUCGCGGGCUUGCUGGUGCUGUCGGGGAUGUUCAGCGGGCUCAACUUGGGCUUGAUGGCCUUGGAUCCCAUGGAGCUGAGGAUCGUGCAGAACUGCGGCACCGACAAGGAGAAGCGUUACGCCCGCCGCAUCGAGCCCAUCCGCAGGAAGGGGAACUACCUGCUCUGCUCGCUGCUGCUGGGCAACGUGCUGGUCAACACCACGCUGACCAUCCUGCUGGACGACCUCAUCGGCUCCGGCAUCGGCGCCGUGGUGGCCUCCACCAUCGGCAUCGUCAUCUUCGGCGAGAUCGUGCCGCAGGCGCUGUGCUCGCGGCACGGGCUGGCCGUGGGCGCCAACACCAUCGUGGUCACCAAGUUCUUCAUGCUGGUGACCUUCCCGCUGUCCUACCCCAUCAGCAAGCUCCUGGACUGCGUCCUGGGCCAGGAGAUCGGCACCGUCUACAACCGGGAGAAGCUGGUGGAGAUGCUGAAGGUGACGGAGCCCUACAACGACCUGGUGAGGGAGGAGCUCAACAUGAUCCAGGGAGCGCUGGAGCUGCGCACCAAGACGGUGGAAGACGUGAUGACGCCGCUGCAGAACUGCUUCAUGAUCAACAGCGACGCCAUCCUGGACUUCAACACCAUGUCGGAGAUCAUGGAGAGCGGCUACACGCGCAUCCCGGUCUACGAGGACGAGAGGUCCAACAUCAUGGACAUCCUCUACGUCAAGGACCUGGCCUUCGUGGACCCCGACGACUGCACGCCCCUCAAGACCAUCACCAAGUUCUACAACCACCCCGUGCACGUGGUGUUCCACGACACCAAGCUGGACGCCAUGCUGGAGGAGUUCAAAAAGGGGAAGUCCCACCUGGCCAUCGUGCAGAAGGUGAACAAUGAGGGCGAGGGCGACCCCUUCUACGAGGUGCUGGGGCUGGUGACACUCGAGGACGUCAUUGAGGAGAUCAUCAAGUCUGAGAUCCUGGACGAGUCCGACACCUACAUUGACAACCGCAGCAGGAAGAGGGUGUGCAACCAGAAGAACCGACGGGACUUCUCGGCCUUCAAGGACCCCGACAACGAGCUGAAGGUCAAGGUGUCACCUCAACUCCUGCUGGCCGCCCACCGCUUCCUGUCCACCGAGGUGACCCUCUUCACCCCCAACUUCAUCUCGGAGAAGAUCCUGCUGCGGCUCCUCAAAUACUCGGACGUCAUCCAGGAGCUGAAGUUCGACGAGGAGAACAAGAAGUCCCCGCGGCACUUCCUGUACUGCAAGAACAAAGCGGCCGACUACUUCAUCCUCAUCCUGCAGGGCAAGGUGGAGGUGGAGGCUGGCAAGGAGUGCAUGAAGUUCGAGGCGGGAGCCUUUUCCUACUACGGGGUGAUGGCCCUGAGUCCUCCUCCUGGAUCUGAAAUCCGUUCCCCGUCCCACAUGAGCGGCCUGAACCGCUCGGCCUCGCUGAGCUACCACGAGCGCUCGGACUCGGGCUCGUCGCCGGUCAGCGGCAGCAACAACCAGCUCAACGCCGGCGGCGCCCAGUACGUGGCCGACUUCAGCGUCCGCGCCCUCACCGACCUCCAGUUCGUCAAGAUCACGCGGCAGGAGUACCAGAACGGGCUGCUGGCCUCGCGCAUGGACAGCUGUCCCCAGUCCCCCGACAGCGCCGCCCCCAAAGCCGACGCCGCCAUCCCGGAGAAGCCGGAGCCGCCGGCGCCGGCGGACGAGACCACGAGUUUGCUCAACGAGAGGAACUGCCUGAGCCGCCGGAGCAACCACAGUGGCCUGGAGAACUCCAUCUGACCCCGGCCGCGCCGGCGCGCUCCGGCGUGCCCGGCGUGCCCGGUGCAGGGACCUUUGCCCGGUAGGAUGAGCCGGUGGAGGAGGAGGAGGAGGAGGAGGAGGAGGAAGCGCGGUGGGGAUGGAGGAGCUGGGAUUUGCUGCUGCCGCUGCCGUUCCAGGCCGGCUCGGUUUGGGACGGACGGAGCGGCGCGGGCGGCGCCGGCACCGCCGGCACGGCGCCGACGGCUCAGGGAGAUUCGGGUCUCGGUUUGCCGCCAUGGGGACCCUCGGGAUGGAAAUCCCAAUCCUGCCAGGAAAUCUGGGACGGACAUCCCAACCGUGUCAGGAAUCCCAGGAUGGACAUCCCAACCCUGCCAGGAAAUCUGAGAUGGACACCACAACCCUUCCAGUGGAAAUCUGGGAUGGAAGUUCCAACCCUGCCAGGAAAUCUGGGAUGGACAUCCCAAUCUUUCCAGGAAAUCUGGGAUGGGCAUCCCAAUCUUUCCAGGAAAUCUGGGAUGGAAAUUCCAACCCUGCCAGGAAAUCUGGGAUGGAUAUCCCAGUCCUUUGAGGAAAUCUGAGAUGGACACCACAACCCUUCCAGUGGAAAUCUGGGAUGGACAUCCCAACCCUGCCAGGAAAUCUGGGAUGGACAUCCCAACCCUGCCAGGAAAUCUGGGAUGGACAUCCCAGUCUUUCCAGGAAAUCUGAGAUGGACAUCCCAGUCCUUCCAGGAAUCCUGGGACGGAAAUUCCAACCCUUCCAGGAAGUCUGGGAUGGACAUUUCCAGGAAUCCCAGGAUGGACAUCCCAAUCCUGCCAGGAAUCCUGGGAUGGACAUCCCAACCACGCCAGGGUCCAUCCCAAACCUCCCAGGAACCCCAAUCCUGCCAGAACCCUCAGGAUGGACAUCCCAACCCUUCCAGAAACCCCAGGGUGGACAUCUCAAUCCUUUCAGGGUCCAUCCCAAACCUCCCAGGAACCCCAGCCCUUCCAGGAAUCCCAGAAUGGACAUCCCAACCCUGCCAGGAACCCUGGGAUGGACAUUCCAAACCUUUGGGAUCUCCAACACCCAUUUUGGGAUGGGAAUUCCAAACCUUUGGGAUCUCCUAGACCAUCCUGGGAUGGGAAAAUCGUCUUAGGAUGGGAAUUCGAUCACUUUGGGAUCUCCAACACCAUCUUGCGAUGGGAAUUCCAUCACUUUGGGAUCUCCAACACCAUUUUGGGAUGAAAAUGCCAAACUUUGGGGGUCUCCUACCCCAUUUUGGGAUGGGAAUUGCAAACAUUUGGGGUCUCCUACCCAUCUUGGGAUGAAAAUUCCAAAUCUUUAAGGUCCCCUACCCAUCCUGGGAUGGGAAUUCCAUCACUUUGGGAACUCCUUCACCAUUUUGGGAUGGGAAUUGCAAACAUUUGGGGUCUCCUCAGCCCUUUGGGGUCUCCUCCACCCUUUUGGGAUAUCCUGGGAUGGGAAUCCCGACCCCUCUCCGGUGUUUUUGGGGUUUCCUGGAUAAAUCCCAGCCCCUUCCCUGCUGGCCCGGGGAUUUUGGGGUCUGACUUUGAGGUCUGGACUUUGGGGUCUGGAUUUUGAGGUCUGGAUUUUGAGGUCUGGAUUUUAGGGUCUGGACUUUGGGGUCUGGAUUUUGGGGUCUGGAUUUUGGGGUGACACAGCGCUAGUGACCAAAGUUGUACAGGCAGGAGGGGGCUGAGGGUCCCCCCCAACCCCCCCCCCCCCCCCCGGGUUUUUUUGGGGUCAGAGCUUGACCCCAAAAAAACCAAAAAUAAGCACAAAAAGUUCCCCCUGGGUGAACUCCUGUAAGUUAUUGGGAGAAGGUUGAAUUAUUUUUGUUAAUCACAUCUCGACGAUCAGUUCCUAGCUCCUUCCGCAGGGAG